GCAGACAACGCUGCUGCUGUCCAAGCCGCCUUCUACGCGGAACCGGGACCAUCGCAACAUCACGCCUUGCGCUUCCGCGAGAACGCCAUCCGAUUUCUGGAUGCACAACCCUCACACCACCUCACACUCGAAUGGACACCGGGCCACAAGGGCAUACAAGGCAACGAAAGGGCCGACGAACUGGCCAAAGAGGGGACAGAACUCCGACCUGAGCACGACAUGCCGACGUUCACUGCGAUGCGACGCCUGGCAAAAGAAGCGACCAUCGCCACAUGGAAAUGCCUCUGGCAGGCAAAACUCAACAGAGAAGACGGCCGGUUCCGCAUAGCCAACCGCUUCCCCCCCACCCUCAAACCCCGACCCCAUUUCAUUGAAAACGACCGCGACAUCUACGGACGGAUGCUGCAGAUUCGCACUGGCCACUGUUUCGCCGGCGAAUACUACGCGUCCUUCGUCCCUUCGGAACCGCGCUCAUGCCCAUGCGGAGCACCAUACCAGACCCGAUCGCACAUUCUCGAACACUGUCCAAUAAACGAUCACGCACGGCACCUCCUGCACGAACCGGGCAAGGACAUCGCCCUUACAGACGUUCUGGGCACCAAGAAGGGACUCAAAGGCCUCGCCAAAUUCCUAAAGAAAACCAAAGCCUUCCGGAAG